CCCGCCAUGGGCAAGCCGGCGAGGAAGGGAUGCGACUGCAGGCGCUUCCUGAGGAACAACUGGCUGCUGCUGUCCACCGUGGCCGCCGUGGUGCUAGGGAUUGCCAUAGGAGUCUUGGUUCGAGAAUACAGCAAGCUGUCUAGUCUGGAGAAAUUCUACUUUGCUUUUCCCGGUGAAAUCCUAAUGAGGAUGCUGAAACUCAUCAUUUUGCCAUUAAUUAUAUCCAGCAUGAUUACAGGUGUUGCUGCACUGGAUUCCAGUGUAUCCGGGAAAAUUGGUCUACGUGCUGUCAUAUAUUAUUUCUGUACCACUGUCAUUGCUGUAGUUCUAGGCAUCGUGCUGGUGGUGAGCAUCAAGCCUGGUGUGUCCCAGAAAGUGGAUGAAAUUGACAGGACAGGCAGCAGCCCCGAAGUCAGUACAGUGGAUGCCAUGUUAGAUCUGAUCAGGAAUAUGUUCCCUGAGAAUCUUGUACAAGCCUGUUUUCAGCAGUAUAAAACCAAGCGUGAAGAAGUAAGUUCUCCCAGUGAGCCAGGGAUGAACAUGACGGAAGCAUCUGUCACCGCUAUCAUGACUACUGCCAUUUCCAAGAACAAAACAAAGGAAUACAAAGUCGUAGGCAUGUAUUCAGAUGGCAUAAAUGUCCUGGGCCUGAUUGUCUUUUGCCUCGUCUUUGGACUUGUCAUUGGAAAAAUGGGAGAAAAAGGACAGGUUCUGGUGGAUUUCUUCAAUGCUCUAAGUGAUGCAACCAUGAAAAUUGUUCAGAUCAUUAUGUGUUACAUGCCACUUGGCAUUUUGUUCCUGAUUGCUGGGAAGAUCAUAGAAGUUGAAGACUGGGAAAUAUUCCGCAAGCUAGGCCUUUACAUGGCUACCGUCCUGAGUGGCCUCGCGAUCCACUCCAUUAUCAUUCUCCCACUGAUCUACUUCAUAGUUGUACGGAAGAACCCUUUCCGAUUCGCCAUGGGAAUGGCUCAGGCUCUCUUGACGGCUCUCAUGAUCUCUUCCAGUUCAGCCACACUGCCUGUCACUUUCCGCUGUGCAGAAGAAAAGAACCAAGUGGACAAGAGGAUCACUAGGUUUGUGCUGCCCGUGGGAGCUACUAUCAACAUGGACGGGACUGCACUCUAUGAGGCUGUGGCAGCUGUGUUCAUUGCGCAGUUGAAUGGCCUGGACUUGGGCAUUGGGCAGAUCAUCACCAUCAGUGUCACGGCCACGGCUGCCAGCAUCGGAGCUGCUGGUGUGCCACAGGCUGGCCUGGUGACCAUGGUGAUCGUGCUGAGUGCUGUGGGUCUGCCGGCGGAGGAUGUCACGCUCAUCAUCGCUGUUGACUGGCUCCUGGACCGGUUCAGGACCAUGGUGAACGUCCUCGGUGAUGCGUUUGGGACAGGCAUUGUGGAGAAGCUCUCUAAGAAGGAGCUGGAGCAGAUGGAUGUUUCAUCUGAAGUCAAUAUCGUGAACCCGUUUGCCUUGGAAUCCACAAUACUGGAUAAUGAAGACUCAGAUACCAAGAAGUCCUAUGUCAAUGGAGGCUUCGCAGUAGACAAAUCUGACACUAUCUCGUUCACCCAGACCUCUCAGUUCUAGAGUCCCUGGCUUCAUAGGACCAGGAAUGAUGAAGGACAGCUCCAUAAGAGUCAUCUCUUAGCAAAUUCAAACAUUAAAUAAGGAAAAGAAAAACAUUAAUGGCCAACUGUACAUUGGAUUUGAUAUAGAAACUUCCAGAUUAUUUUCUAUAUUUGGAUUCACAGAUUUCACUCUCGGGGUUCUGGGCUUUGGGGGUGGGGUAACAUGAAAGAAAAUACAUGAAAAAGAAAGCUGGAUUGUCUGCAAUUUAAAAAUUCUAAAGUUUGGAAGUAAAUAGAGUCAUAAUUGUUGGAUUAGGACAUGGAUAUGGAAGAAAAAUUGCUUUCUCAUACACAGUCCAGUGUUUUGAGUUUUUAAAAAAAUACUCUGAUUACAAAUUUUUACUCGCUUUCUAUUGGCAUGGAUUUCCUUUGACUUCUCACAUUUUUAUAGAUUAUAAUGCAUAUAAACACCCUCCCCCCCAUUAAUGUGCCAAAUUGUCCAUUUUUAACUCAUCUCCAGCCAAUUUCAAAGAAACAACUUUGAAAGAAAACAGACCAGCACAAUUCUGCAAUCAGAGUUUUAAGAUGGGUGUGGGGUUUUGUGGGAAGGUUCUUUUUUCAAUGUACUGUAUUGGGACACUGGUAACUCCUACCCCAGUGUUCAGUAUAGAGCUAGAUAUAUAUAUAUGUAUAUAUUUAUUAUUUUCAUAUAAGUUGCCAGACAGAGAUCAGAAUUGAACUGUCAAUGUGAAAUAAAGAGCUUUCCUUGUACUUGAAUAAUAACUAUGAUCUCAAUCCAGAUCUGCUUUGGGGCUUAUCCAAACUCCUCUCUCAGGAGCACAAGAAUGAAAUAUCAUGUUGUCUGAUUGUUCCACGUCUGUGUGUCAGCCUCAAAGCAGAUAUGCAUUAUGGAGAUACUCCAAGGUGGCAUCACCAUUUAUCUACAACCCCCAGAUUCUGCUGCUAUGAGGGAAUCCAUAUCAGCUCUAUAUACGAUUGUAUACAAAGGUGUCACUCAUACAAGGCUGGAUGUGUUUUUAUCCAAUUGGAAGGCUUCAUUCUUCCAAGAUCAACUAGACCCACUUAAAAAUGACAGGACUUUGCCCUUUUGUACCCAUUAGGGCCUAAACAACAGUGGCAAGCUACCAGCUAAGUUGUAUUUUAAUAUGGAUCUGAUGGACUGAACAAGUCACAUUGGCCAGUGUCUUCUUGCAAAGGAAGUCCCACAACAUGAGAUCUUGGUUAUGAGUGGUUCAGGGAAAUUCUUCCAUUGUAUGAAACUCAUCUCCUCCUCAAGGGAGGAUGGUUCCAACUAGUAGUCUAGUAAUCUCAGCCCUGGUCAUUACAAUCCAUUUCCCUUCUUAUGCUAAUUUAUGGAAAUAGUUUAUUAAAAUCUGUGCUUCAGCACUCAUCUUAAAAAUAACAUUUAACAUAAAAACUUGUAUUUACACGGAGAUCCAAAAUAGUCACGUUUCUGCAGUAUAGCCAAUUUAAACCUGUGCUUUUUUAUAUUUAAGAAAACCAGAAACUGUGCCAAAGAUGGUGGAAAAGUAAACAAAUGUUCAAUGUUGACUACCUGUACCCUGAAAGCUAUAAGGGAAUGAUCCUAGAUUGUCGAGUACACAUCAUAAACGUGGACCAGUGAUUCAAUGUGAGUCUUCAAAGGGAAAUAUUGAUGUUGUGCAGUGGAAAUAAAUCUAAAUAUCGAUGCAGUUGAAUCCAUAAUUUGUCAUGGGCUGAAAGGUCCUACCCCCUUGGCAGUUUGCUCAGAUCUAAGGCACGGGAGUUGGCAGAGCUGUUCGUGAACUGCAGGUCAUCCUUAUUUUGGAGUGAGUUUGUAACGAGCCUCUUAACACACUGUGCUGUUAACUCAUUAAAGAGAACGAUGUUCCAUUUCAGUCUCAAUAAAUACUUCUGCCCUUCCUCCUUCCC